UCUAGUGUAGUCUUGCUGUGGCGACACGACCAAGGUUACUCUCCUGCACGGGGCUACACCAUCAGAUACCAUCUCGCCGGCGCUCGGAAGUUCUUCUUCCAGAACGUUACCGACGUCAGUAUGCGGAGCGCCACAGUCCGGGGUCUGGAGUCGGCCACGAUGUACGUGUUCUCCAUCAUGGCCUACAGCGAGCAGGGCCGGUCGCGCUACUCGCCGCCUUCCUCUGCCUUCACAUUGUCGGGCAUGGUAGAAGAGGUAGAAAGCAGCAGUAGCGGUGGCAGCAGUAACAGCAAAGCAGGCAGCCAGAGGAAAGUCCCUCGCCUCAUCCUGGUCGUCAUUUGUCUCACGGGUGCUGGGCUCCUUGUGCUCAACAUUGUGAUAGUGGCCUGCUUCCUCCGACGCUACAACUUUAAGAAAAGCUCAAACGACAAAGGCGACAAGGCGGCCAACCUCGACGUGUGCACAGCUUCCACCACUCCAGGUUCAGUAACCUACGUCGACCUGCUCAACGCUGAACCUUCCGACGCAGCCAGUGCGCGGGACCACAAGUUGACGACUCAGAGGACAAAAGAGAUUCAGAAUGCUAACCAGAGGCAUCAUCAAGUCAUAGUAGAGCAGCCGGGCCUGGCGACGGACCAUUCCUCGCCUCCCACGUCUCAUCCCAUUUCUGGUUCCCCGCUCCCAUACAUUACACCUGCUAUAUCAUCGCCACAAAUUUUAACCAGUGCUCAUCUACCACAUUUAGGCACCUCUGCAACACAGCUUUAUCUGCACUGUUCUCAGUGGCAAUAUUAUGUACCAAGUGUCGCACUGCCACACCACAUGCCUUGCACCCAAAUAAUGCAAUGCUUACCACACACCAUUUCUUCACAUCAAGUAACCAAUGUUCAGCCUCAGCAAGGCGAUAAUUUUGGAGGACAAUAUGCCAAACACCUGAUAGCAUCACCACAGGUGAUGUCUCCGAACGCAACGUUAAAACAGCUUCAUUCCCCGGGAACAGGAUACAUUAAUUCGGCACAACAAAUUUACACCAUGUCGUCAUGCCAAACUCCUCCAGAAGCGCACCGCAUCACACCGACGAACCAAUUGGAUUCAUUACCAUUGGUUGAAAGUAAGAUACGCGGAGUGUGUAACAGUCCAACAGCCUGUCGCACUGACGACGGGGUCGCCGAAUAUUGUGUCAGAGAGGAAAGGUCCAAAACCGAUGACAACUCUUUCACAAACACUUCCGUGGCGCAAGAUGGCUUCACUUCCCUCCCUCGAACUCAUCCCACCAUUCCCGACGUGUGCCCGGUGAACUCGACUUCCUUCGAGCCUAUUCUCCAACACGCACGCAUGCAAGAAACUAUAAUGGAAUACCCUGAAGAAGAUACCUGCUCUGUUUUAUCGCAUACAAGCGACACAUCAAAAUGUAGUGGUUGCCAUCAGGGCAAUUACGAUAUCAUUUCUGAUUCGAGAGUACGUGCAUCACUCACAAGCCAGCCAUUAUUACUGCAGCACAAGAAAGAUUUCAGACUAGUCAACUGCCAACAGACACAGGAAAUUUCUGCCCUGUCUGAAAGCGGACAACUGAAUUAUCAAGACGUGCCCCCCAUCUACUCCUUGAGCAAGAACAGUCGGAUGCCGGAACAAGGGGAACAUCGGCCGUGCGCUUGUUACCAGAGCGUCCGGCCCUCUCAAAUACCAUUGCGCCAUAUCGAGCAGAGCGAGUCCAAUGGAUGCGAACGCUGUCAACAUCAGCAACCGAGAGGAGACAGCGAGGCAGAGUGCACCCGGCUCGAUAAUAUCGCAUUUGAUGCCUCGCAUCACAAGUGUUAUAAUUCGACUUCCAGCCAGACUUCUAAAAUAAAAGAGGUAUCCAGUCUCCCUUCAGCUCCUAAGAGCGAACCAAUCACCACCUAGACAUCUUGACUGUGAUGGCGUCACUGAAGUAGUACCACAGAAUCCAAGCCUGUGACGUCAUAUACAAACGGUGGAGGAAUAUUUCGACAAGACAGUUUCCUUUUAUCAUUUCAUUCUAAAAGGGAUAAAAGAAGGUCGUUCUCCGGAGCCGCUUCAGAGAGCACGAGGCGUCUCAGGCAAUGGCCUUCCAUUCCAGCGAUUAUUCGUAUCAGGGAUGGGCAAACUUCUGUGUCUAAGAACCGUGCAAAACAUUUUUUCAGAUAUUUCAAAAACGCAAGACACUCUUUUUUUCUGACACAUAUGUAUAAAAGGCUAAAUAUCUAAAUUUGUAAUUAUGAUAAGUUUUUUGUUUAUGGUAAUUAUAAUAGUCUUAGAGGACUAUUGCAUUAAAACCUAAAUUAUAUACAUACUCCUACCACACACACACACACA